AUGGAUGUGAACAGAAAAUGCAACGAAACAUUGCUUCCUGUGUGCAAUGAUGAGUCGUCAGAUCUACUCGCGCUCAUCAUGAUCCCUUCUCUGCUGGGCCUGAGCACGGUUGUAGUUGUUAUUCUUCUUUUCAUCUGUCUCCACAAGCACAAACAAAGAGGACGAAGGACAGCAGCUCAGUUUGCUAACAGUUCGCAGGGUUUGUCCUCGAAUUCAGCCUCUGUGAGCUCUCCACAGGUCCAGACUGCAUUGUGUCCCUGGGAAAUCCCUGAGGAGUGUGCUCUCGUGGGCCUGGAGUUUUGGCAGACGGGCCGCUAUGGCCCCAUUUGUAAAGGCCUGCUGAGGAACAAAGAUGGAGUCGCCUCUGUUGUGGUGGUCAAGUCCCUCCGAGAUGGCUCCAAUCAGCCCGAAGCCAAAGAGUUUGUGGACUGGAUCCAUUUUCACGCCACCGUGUGUAAACAUGAGAAUGUGGUGCAGAUGCUGUACUGUCAGACCAGGCGUCUGCCCAUGUACCUGGUCCUGGACGCCUACACCCCCGGAAACCUCCUCCACUUUCUGUGGUCUCUCAGAAAUACAGAUUUGAAUGCUGCUGAUCUACUGCAAAGCUUCUCUGAGAGGUCGGUGUUUCUGGUGGGAAAGCAGGUUGCAGCCGGCCUGGACUACCUGAUGUCGGAGCACAGGCUGGUGCACGGCGACGUUGCUGCCAGGAACAUCCUAAUUGGGCCGGGCCUCUCCGUCCGGGUGUCUGGCCUGGGUGUGGCAUUUGCAGGACGCAAAAUGGAUUCGGCAAUUAGCCGGAGGGCGGCAGAGGUUCCGCUCAAAUGGCAGGCUCCAGAGAGGAUUAUGAUGCAUCUCAGUAUCGACAGGAGCGACGUGUGGUCAUUUGGAAUCUUGCUAUAUGAGCUGGUUACGUUGGGCUCUCCUCCAUAUCCUGAGCUGGAGCCUCUGUCAGUGGUUCAAAAGCUUCAAGCGUCUUGUCGAAUGAAGAGACCAAAGACUUGCGGAGGACCACUGUACGAUCUGAUGAAGUACUGCUGGAUGUGGAGUUUCAAAGACCGGCCAACCUUUUCAGCCAUCAUUCGGCUGCUGGAGGCGUCGCUGCACCUGGCCGCCACCGAGCCUAUUUGCAUUCCUGAGGUCAUGGACAUCUUUGACUAUAACAAAAGGGCAGGGCUGCUGUCGUAGGCUUGUGGAAAUAUCAAACACGCAAACAA